AUGGACAAGACCAAGUCGAAGCUUGCGGCGUUCUUUGACAACGACGAAGACGAUCCGUUUCCACAAAAGGCGGUCGACGACCACAAGGUCUCCGCGUAUACGCAGGGAACAGUGCGCAAGUCGCGCAGGGAGAAAGAGAAGGAGGCUGCCGAAGCAAAGAAGAGGGAGGAAGAGGAGAAUGCUGCAAGAGCUUACGCGGAAUUCAUAGACGCUUUCGAGGGUGAGGAUGUUGGUAGGAGGAAAUCCGGUUCGGCGUUCGUCAAGGCGGACUCGGGGACGACCUACGCGCCGUCCUUGAAGAGCAAGGCGGAAGGUUCUUCUAGGGGUCCUACUCGAGCAUUUGGUCAAGAUGACUUCAAGACACCGUCCCCUCCUCCCGUAUCCAGACCCAAAGGAAAGCGUGCUAUGGAUGCCUUCUUGGAGGAAAUCAAAAGGGAUCAAGCUGAACGUGAAGCUCGAUAUUCACGCAGAGCCAAUGGAAGGUCAGUCACGGCAUUGGCAGCAUAUGAAGGGCAGAGUGGGAGUAAAGACCGUGGUGAUCCCGAAACCACGAAUAUAUUCGUUGCCAAUCUGCCUCCACACGUCACUGAGCAGUCCCUCGGGACCUUCUUCGCGCGAUGUGGACCAGUUGGUUCUGUGAAAAUCAUGUGGCCAAGGGGCGACAAUACCAUAGGGCCAGGCGCCGAUAUGACCGCCUCCCGCCGCAAUCGCAAUGCCGGCCUGAGCGGGUUCGUGUCCUUCAUGAAGCGCAAAGAUGCCGAAGCUGCCUUCCGCGAGUUGGAUGGAUUCGACUGGGGAGGCUCAGUCCUUCGAGUGGGCUGGAGCAAAGCGGUUCCGGUCGCUUCGAAGCCAAUGUACGGUAAGCCGCCCUUCAACGAAGCAGAUCUCCCGUAUAUCAAGCCGCAGCAGGUCGCCACGGUCGGCCUCCCGCUCUCGCUCGCGAUCGAGGGACAGAGAUCGAGGCCACUCCUCUCGGCGCUCUCCCAGUCGGUCGAGGAGCUACAGCAGGAGCCGUUCGAGGGAGCGCCGCCGAUAUCGGUCGCGGUCCCGCAGUCGCUCUCUCCCUAUGAACGCGACCGCAGGCUUGCUAGCGAUGAAGAGGAUCCUGUCACGGACCAGUUCAUUAGGAAUGUCGCGACGGAAGUGAGAGGUCAUGGCGGGAAGUACGAGGAGACGCUGAAGGAAAGGGAGAAGCAUAAUCCCAAGUAUGCGUUUCUGGUCAACAAAAAUCAUCGCAAGAACAGGUACUACCGUUCAUUGCUCAAGAAAGGUGAAGAUUCCGAGCCCGAGUUCAAUGACGAUGGUUAUAAUUCCGUCUACUCCACCGAUUCUGCGGAAGAGUCGGAGCGAGAAAACGGUAAUAAGAAUCGUCUCGGGAAGCUUGCUAGGAGACGCUUCGAAGCCAUGUUACGUGCUCUUACGGGACGUCGUGGCGAGCUGGCCAGGUGCAUGGCCUUCAGCCUGGAUCAUGCUGAAGCCGCUGCAGAUGUCGCCGACAUUAUCGUAUCGUCGCUUCUAGUCGAUGGUACUCCGGUGCCUCGGAAGGUAGCGAGACUACACCUCAUUUGCGAUAUCCUGCACAAUUCCGCGGUGCCCGUACCAGGGGCCUGGAAGUUCCGCCAGGAGUUCUUAUCGCGACUAGGCCUCGUUUUCGAUCACCUGUCCACGAUCUACCAUUCAUUCCCCGGCCGGAUCACCGCCGAGACAUUCAAAAAACAAAUCACGACGAUUGUCGAUAUCUGGGACGACUGGAUGUUGUUCCCCGGUGACUUCACUGCGGGCCUUCGGGCUAGGCUGGAGGGUACUACGCUAGAAGGGGAAGAGCCGAAGGAGGAGAGGAGUGCGUCCAUUGGCGAGGAGAAGCGAGAUGUGGCCGUCCCUGUACCCAAAUUCAAGACGAAUGCAUUCAAGCCCGCUGAAGCGCCAGCCACAGAACCGGCUGGUGCUCCUGACUCCGACGGCGAACCGAUGGACGAGGGCAGUGACGUGGAUGGCGCACCCAUAGAUGAUGAUGUUGAUGGGGUACCCAUUGAAGACGAUGUCGAUGGCGUGCCUAUGGACGACGUUGACGGGGAACCAUUGGCGGAAGACGUGGAUGGGGAGCCGAUGGAGGACGACGUCGAUGGACAGCCAAUUGAAAUUUGA